AUGUUAAAUUUCGCGAAAUUACUUCAAAAAGUGCCUAUGAUAUGCUCAUUAAUCAUCGAUUAUUAUCGUUAUGGACCACCUCAACCAUCAUGGGAUUUGAAGCUUUAUUUGAUAUUCAGACUUGUAAAAGAUGGGAUGGCAUCACCAACCAAACAAACUAUCGAAAGUCUUCAAGGAACAAAUAAACCAACAGCUGCCGAUAAGGGUAUACUUGUAGAUGAGCUGUCAUUGUCAAAUUCACUUCGUAAAAAAUCAGAAAUUUACAUUGAUGAUAUUUUAAAAGAUUAUAAUCAUGUGCUUCUUGAUGAUUGGAGAAGUGUGAACCUUGGAAAUGGAUUAGAAUGUGAAUGGGUUUAUGUUAAAAAAAAAGAGGGAGGAGAAGAAAACAAUAAUAAAAAGAAAAAAUAUGAUAAAGUUAUUUUGUAUGUACAUGGUGGCGGAUAUUUUUUAUAUCCCCCUGGUUAUCGUAGUUAUACUUCUAAGAUUGCAAAAUCUACAAAUUCAAGACUAUUUGUAAUAAAUUAUAGACUCGCACCACAAAAUCAAUUUCCUGCUGCUUUACAUGACUCAAUAACUGCCUACAAUUAUCUUAUUGAUCCACCAAGCGAUGCUGAUUUUCUACCAAUUGAACCUAAAAAUAUUGUAAUAAUGGGCACUAGUGCAGGUGGUGGUCUGGCAAUGGCAACAUUACUUGCUAUACGUGACUCAAAAAAAUUACCUUUACCAGCUGGAAUUGUUUUAUGGUCAGCAUGGGUUGACUUAGCUCAGUCAUCACCAUCAGCAAAAGACCCAAGAUUCGAAGAAACAGAUUAUUUGUCAUGGGAAUUGUUUAAUUGCGCAAGAUCUCCUGCAUGGGAAGAAUUUGAACAGAAAGCAAAAGAAUUAUCAGAAAAGAUCCAGUUAAACAUUGAUAAUAAACCAAGAUUUUGGCAUAAAUCAUUUGAUUGUGAUGAUCGUUUACAACUUUAUGUGUCUAAUGAAGGAUUAGCAAUUCCAUAUGUUUCUCCAUUAUUUGCUGAAAGUUUGGGUGGUCUACCACCAAUUUUAGUGGUAAAUACUUCUUUUUAA